AUGAUAAGAGGUAUUAGAAAGUCUCUCAAGGGAGAGAAAACAGAAAGAAGAGCAUCAAGUGCUAGUGGCGGGGGUAGUCAUUCGAGAAUGUCGUCUUUUAAUGGAUCUUCGUCUUCUAGUUUUACUGCGUCGCUUGUGGCAUCGUCUAGCACUUCCAUGUCUGCCCAAGCCGCCAGCAAAGAAACCCCAAAGAAAAUCAUCAAAGCCACCAGUGAAUACAAAGCCCAGGCCCAAGGAGAAAUAUCGUUCCAAAGUGGUGAUUUCUUUUGGGUGGUGGCCAGAGAAAACGACCAAGAAUUCUACGAAGUUUGUAACCCGUUAACCAACAUUAAGGGGUUGGUACCGGUUUCCCAUUUUGAAGUGAUGAAUCAAAGAAAAAGACCAGACUCUCAUAACACCAAGAAUAACAGUUUCAUCAUCAGUAAUUUACACUUAUCCAACUCGCCGAGCUCCAUCUCCACCGAAAGAUUCAGCAAUUCUAGCUCUAGAAGACCUUCAUUCACCAACGCCAACAGCCAAACCAGUAAUCUUGGACUUGGAAACAACAUUGGAACUCCAGGACAAAAUGGCAUUCUCUAUGGGGUGGCAAUGUACGAUUUUGAGGCCAGAGCCGAUUCUGAUGAACUAGACGUGACCAAAGGUGAAUAUUUAAUUUUAUGCGCCCAUCAUGAUUUCGAAUGGUUUAUUGCCAAACCAAUCAACAGAUUGGGGGGUCCAGGGUUGGUCCCGGUUGCCUAUAUCAAGACUUUAAACUUGGCGACCAAAAAAAUGAGCAGUGGUGAUAUUGUUGAAGAAAUCAAGGAAUCGGGACUACCAACAGUUUCAGAAUGGAAAAAUAAAACCGCCAAAUAUAAGGCCACUCUGAUAAAUUUAACGGAAGAAGAAUCGCACUACAUGAAUAAUGGUGGAUCAAAUCAAUUUGUUCAACAACAAAAGACCUUAUACGAGUAUGAUGAUCAAGUAACCACCAAUUCUAGUAUCAAUAAUAGCAGUAAUGCCAGUCAACAGAAUCAACAUAAUUCAUCCCAGAACUCUUAUUCGAUUUUCACUAGCUCACCUUAUGAUUUAGAAACCAGCUCUUUGAACGAUAAAGGAGUGUUUGUUACCGAUAUUAAAAUCGAUAAUUUCUAUUACAGCAAAUUUGAUGACAAACACGGAAGAUAUUGGUACCAUGUGGUGGCUAAGCUAUCUAACCAUAAAAUCAGAUCUUUGGCAAGAUAUUAUGAUGAUUUCUACGAGUUCCAAGCCCAAAUAAAGAAAAACUUUGCUAGCGAGACGAGUGAUCCAUCGAUUAUUCCAGCUUUCCCACCUCAUUAUCGUGCUGUCGAUGCCCAAAUAGCCGUUGAUAGAUUCCAGCAAUUGAGUGAAUAUUUGUCGGCAAUCGUCCAUACUCCUGAGGAUAUUUCCAAAUCUAAGCCAGUAUUGAUGUUUUUCAACUUGAGAGAUGGUGUGGAUAAAGAAUUCAAUGAAGAUGACGAAUCUAUUGAAUUGCCAAGUGUGGUGGGGCAUAAUGAGGAUGGACAAGAACGGUUGAGGUUGGAAGCCCAAUCUAAAGAAAUGGUCAAUAAUACCCAACCUCCGCCAUCUUUGAAUUCUAGUAGUGCAAGAUCUAGUGCCGUUACCAAGGAAUCGCUGUUGAGCUAUCAAAUGGGACAAUUGGAUUUGAAGACUGAUUCAAUCUCCACCGGCAACUCAGAAGCAGCGAUGACCGAACUGAAAGAUGAUAUAGUUGAAGGUCCAGAACUCACGAAUGAAAGACCGGCAUUGAAAAUAUCCACUUCUACCCCAUCGUCGCCAAACCCAAAUAAUGUGACGCUUCUUAGUGCUGGUGCAUCUGCUACCCCAAAUGCUGCGUUGCUUACGGCAGGCAGUUCGAUAUCAUUGUCUACAAACAUGAAGAACGUUAAGGUCAAAUUCUAUUAUGAGGACGAUAUUUUUGCGAUUUCCGUGCCUGCCAGUACUACAUUGUUAGAUUUGAAGACCAAGAUUGCUAGUCGAAUUAAUUAUAAAUUGGAAAAGAUCAAAUUAUUUGUCAAGAGCAAGAAUGUCGCUGAUUUCAAUGAUAAGGAUGGUGAAGGUGAUGAUGCCAGUAAAGAAAUUGACAAUGACGAGUUCUUGACUAAGUUGAUGUUGAAAGAUCCUAAAUUGAAGUUGAUUAUUAUCACUGAUGAGAAUAGUGGUUGA